GGUCUGCUCUGCUCCGCGCUGUGCCAGCGGGCGGGCUAGCUUGCGGCUUCGGUGCUGACGUCAGCGCAUCCCGGGCCGUAUCCCGGGAGACCCUGUUGCAUGGUGAUGGGUUGCCAGGGAGACAUACACCUUUUCUCUGGGCCUGGGCCGCAGCUGCGCGGAGAGCCAGCACGGAUGGCGGCGGUGGCUGGGGGGAGCAGGAGCAGGGAGGGACAGCAAGACAGGAAACACCCCGAAGGUGCUCCUCCCCGCAGGCCUGGCCAGAGGGCUCUGUCAGCCAGGUGAAUGUUGGAGACACAGUCGCGAUGCUGCCCAAGUCCCGGAGAGCCCUAACCAUCCAGGAGAUUGCCGCGCUGGCCAGAUCUUCCUUGCAUGGUAUUUCCCAGGUGGUAAAGGACCACGUGACCAAGCCCACGGCCAUGGCCCAGGGCCGCGUGGCUCACCUCAUUGAGUGGAAGGGCUGGAGCAAGCCCAGUGACUCACCUGCUGCCCUGGAAUCAGCCUUUUCCUCCUAUUCGGACCUCAGUGAGGGUGAACAAGAGGCUCGCUUUGCAGCAGGAGUGGCCGAACAGUUUGCUAUUGCAGAAGCCAAGCUCCGAGCAUGGUCUUCAGUGGAUGGCGAUGACUCCACUGAUGACUCCUAUGACGAGGACUUUGCUGGGGGCGCUGACCCAGACUUGGCUGGGCAGCUGCCGUUGGGGCCCCACCUCCAGGACCUCUUCACCAGCCGCCGAUUCUCCCGGCCCGUGCGCCAGGGCUCCGUGGAGCCUGAGAGCGACUGCUCACAGACCGUGUCCCCGGACACCCUGUGCUCUAGUCUGUGCAGCCUGGAGGACGGGUUGCUGGGCUCCCCUGCCCGCCUGACCUCCCAGCUGCUGGGCGACGAGCUGCUCCUCGCCAAACUGCCCCCCAGCCGGGAAUGUGCCUUCCGCAGCCUGGGUCCGCUGGAGGCCCAGGACUCACUCUACAACUCGCCCCUCACAGAGUCCUGCCUUUCCCCUGCUGAGGAGGAGCCGGACCCUUGCAAGGACUGCCAGCCGCUCUGCCCACUGCCAGAGGGCAGCUGGGAGAGGCAGCGGCAAGCCUCUGACGUGGCCUCUUCUGGGGUGGUGUCUUUAGAUGAGGACGAGGUGGAGCCGGAGGAACAGUGACCUGCGUCCUGCCUGCCGGAGGCACGCGUCCCCUGGCUGCUGCUGGGGGUGAAGCCGCCUGCCCAGGUGUGGGCUCAAGGCUCACAGCAAGCUCCACAGCUCGAGGGCUCCUGGGAGCACUCACUUCUCCGUUGUGUGUUUUGCAUGAAAGUGUUUGGAGAGGGGGCAGAGGCUGGGCUGGGGGCGCAUGUCCUGCCCCCACUCCUGGGGCUUGCCGGGGGUUGCCCGGGGCCUCCGGAGCAUGGCUGCAGCUGUGGCAGACAGUGAUGUUCAUGUUCUUCAGUCCAAAACCUGCCACAUCUCCUCCUCAGAGGACGAGAGCCCCGAGGGGGUCCUCGUGACUGGGCCGUGGGGGUGAAGAGGGCGGGAGCCUGGCCGCCUCUUCCCCUCCCAACACCUCUGCUUCUCUCCUCACCUGAGUCCAUGUGCAGUGCUUGAUAGAAAACCUGCCCCUGGGGGGCUGGCUCCUGCCUGCCCGGAGCCCACCGAUCGAGCCGUCCUCCCAGGGCCCCUGCCCAGCUGGGCUCGUGCUGUGCUGCUCCUCUCCAUCGUCUCUAAAUCUUCUUCUUUUUUCCUGAAGACAUAGGGUUUCUGGUCUGUUCUUUCAGUCGGAUCUUCUCUAGGAGGAACUGGAAUGAGGAAUGUUUCCGGGGGCCUCUGGGGAUGUGUGGGCCCCGCAGAGUUCUUCAGGGUGGGGCCGCGGCGCUGGAGGGCAGGCGGGCAGCCACCAGCUUCUCCGCAGCUGCGGCUUUGAUGUUCUACAGGGGGCCACCGCUGGGUGGUGGGAAGUUGUCAGCCACGCCUGUGCCAGGCCAGAAUUGUGCCAACGAGUGGUCCUGAGGGAGUGCCUCUCCGCUCCCGGGAGGAAGCGCCUUUCUUGGCUGUGGCUACGGCAGUGUUAAUGACUGAGCGGUGGAGGUUUCUAGCACCUUCUGCACUGGGAGGACGUGGGACUCUAGAUUCGUGUGGCUGUGGGAAGGGUAGGCGGCUGCAGAAUUAGGAGCCUUAUAGGCUGUGGAAGGUAAGAGGACCCAAGGUAAGAAUAAGAGCCAGCGGGUACAAGCAUUCUAUAGAUAAGUGGCUCAUUAGGUGUUUA